CGUCGAGGAAUCCCGGUGUUUUUGGUUUAGGCAAUGGAUGCAGAAAUGCGCAAAAAAGCCGAACGGUCGGCAGAAGAGGGCGCUAGGAUGAACUGAGCAGUAGGAGGGGAUCUUCAACUCACCCGAUAAUAGCUCCUCCGAUCUGGCGGAGAAGAUUCGAGGUUGGCUAGAAGUGUAUGGAAUGAAGAGGGGAAGGUGGAAGGAACGAAAUGCGAGAGAGAAACAGAGAAACAGAAAGAGAAUGGGGUCAGAAGGAGAGGGAGGGAGAAGGAGAAAGAGAGUCAAAAUGCGGCGAUCGAUCACGAAACGAGGAAACAGAGUCUAGGUGGGUUGGGUGGGUAGGUAGGCAAAUUGGGGGGGGGAGGGACUACCAAGAAGAGAAAAGCUGGGCAGGAAAAAGGGAAACAAGAAAAUCAAAACGGAUAAAUGGCCGUAGUAGACCCCCAAUAUAUGGGCUAUGGAACAAAGGGGAGAGGGCAGAGAAGUCGAAGAUCUUGUGCACAGGAAGAGAGAGAGAGAGAGGAGAAAGAGAGCAAGAGAAAGAGAAAGAGAAAGAGAGAAGGUGGUGGUAAUGGUCGUGGAGGAGGAGCAGGAGGUGGUGGUGGUGGUGUAGCAAAGAGAGGGAGACUCUUUGAGGUCAGUCAAUCAGUCAAUCAGUCAAUCAGUCUGU